AUGUUGGCACAUGAAGCAGUAUGGAAGCAGUAUGGUUUUGGUAAGGCCAGGAAUACGCCAGAAUUUGGUAAGUGUAACUUUGGUAGUAAGCCCACAGCACUUGCAGUGUUGAGUCAAACACAGACUACAUCACUAUUGAAUCAGACUGAACAGCAUAUUACGGAAAUUUUUGGAUCUACUCUUGAUGCGUCUGUAUUUGGUAAAUGUUGUCAGACAACUAACGUACUCCCAGAAUUUGACGUACUAAUUUUCGGGAGGAUAUUAAAUACCACUCAACCCAGUCAAAAUGUAACUGAUUGGGCUGAGGAUGGCUAUAAUGAUAUCCUGGAACCUCACAUGUUGGCACAUGAAGCAGUAUGGAAGCAGUAUGGUUUUGGUAAGGCCAGGAACACGCCAGAAUUUGGUAAGUGUAACUUUGGUAGUAAGCCCACAGCACUUGCAGUGUUGAGUCAAACACAGACUACAUCACUAUUGAAUCAGACUGAACAGCAUAUUACGGAAAUUUUUGGAUCUACUCUUGAUGCGCCUGUAUUUGGUAAAAGUUGUCAGACAACUAACGCUCAUCCAAUAUUUUAA